AUGGAAGUCGUAACGCUGGAGAAUGGAACAAAAAGGGUGAACUGCAACCACUGUAAGUCAUUGUUUGCAAAGGGUGAAACUGGAACUACAUCUCAGUACCAGCGUCAUCUAGCAUCAUGUCUACAAAGGCAAUUGAACUCCGAAUUUCAAAACAAGAUUACGCAACAGGUUUUGUCGUUUUCAGAAGGUCAAACUGACGUAGGGAGUUUUGGAAAAAUCUUGCUCUUUGCUGUUGAGUUUUGUUUUGGUUUCUUCGACACAACUUUGAAGAAGACAAAUAAUGAUGACAAAGGAAAUUUCGAAGAUCUUUAA